AUGGAGAACGAGACGCUACGUCUGCAAUUCGGCACGGCUGCCACGACAAUCGGCACGCAAUGGCUGGCCAUCGAAGAGUUGCACAAAGCUAUGAAGAAGCCGCACGUGCUCGCGUUCGAAGCCAAAGGGCGUGUACGCCGACAUGUCCGCGCUGCUGUUGACCAGCCAGAAGAUGACGCAAUGUGGAACGGAAAUGUACAAGUGUACGACCAGUCGAACGUGGUUGAACGACGGGCUGACGAUAAGCUCUGGAGCUGGGAACGACUCGACGAGCGCAACCUCUUCGAGGUGGAUGAAUUUCGUCCGCAUAUGUCUUUGCAUAACUUCUACGAAGGGCGUUCAGCUGUAAACGGAGGAAGCAUUGGCAAUGCGACGCUUGAGCGAGCAGAAGACCGCGUGCGGACAGUUUUAGAGACUUGUGACCGGCUCAGAGUCGUGCAGAGUCUCGUGGACAUGGACUCGUCGUGGGGAGGCUUGGCGCAUGAAGUGAUGACGUACGUUGCAGAAGAAUGUCCGAGUGCAGUGACUGUGAUGGUGGGUAACGAUUGGAGUUAUCCGAUGGUCACGGCAAACGACGACGCGCUGUUACAAGCCGCACUGAAGGCACAAGACCGUGCCAAAAUCGAAGCGAGGAAGCGUGUAAACUUGGCAUCGUCCAUGGCGUUGCUGUCGGACGUAUCUCAUCUUGUGGUGCCUGUGGCAAUGUCGUCGAUGUCGUUGUCCGACUGCAAAUUCCCGGAGCUCAACUUGGAUCGGUCAAGCUGUGCUGACGUUAGUUCAGUCGUCGCUACUGCACUCGCAGUAGCAAUAUCAGCUCACCAAGGCCGACCAGUGCAUGCGAUGCUGGAGGGGUUUCACCCGGGCAUGAAAGUUGCCGAAGUCUGUGCUUCGUUCCCGCACACAAGUGAUCCGAUACCACUGCUCCAUAGCAUCCGUGACAGUGUGAUGAACGAAGUGAGUCGCAACAGCAUUGUGGUAAACGAUCCAUUCCAUAGCUGCUCCCUUCUUCCAACCAUUCGACCGUGCUCCUCUGCACGUGAGACCAACGCAGACUCCGCCAAGAAGACGUACUACCGACGUCUUUACUUCCGUGGAGCAUUUAUGAACUACCCGUCGUUACGCCAUGCGAUCGAGGCCUUCCCGAUUUCGGCUCGUAAGGUCGCUUUACAUUGGUUUGAUGCUACGCCGGUUACGUUAUCAGUACCUCAUCGUCUCCAGACGCUGCAAAACUCGUCAGUUGAUGCGAUCUGUCAGCUGGAACUUUCCAGUCGGACCGGAAUGUACCUGACUACCUUAGCGCAACUAGCAACUAGAGCGGACAAGCGCACGCUGCACGAGUUCACGCGUGCGGGAAUGAGUUCCGAUGCCUUUGAAGAACUAGGAGCGACCCUGUUGGGCAUGAGCGACGCGUACUUCGCUUAG